CAACACCGGAAGCGAACAGCUGGUGUCACACGGAAAUAGUUCCGCCUGAGUAGCGUCUGUCAACAUGGCCACUGCGAGAUGCGCAAAGUUUCUCCUCCAAAGAUCCACACAGGGCUUUCUAUUCUCCCCGAGGGCAAUGCCCGCUUUCUCCAGCCCACUCCUUUCUCGCGCCCAUCGAUUGGAGCCCACCGAUGACGAGCUGUAUCAGCGCACCACAGUGAACGUCAUGCAGAAAGAGGCGGACGGUGGUGUUCUGAUCCACAGCUACAGUCCAGCAGGAUUCAACAUCGACGGCAACAGGGUGUUUGGGCCCUGCGCUCUGUUGCCUCCUGCUAUCCUGCAGUGGAACGUCGGUACUCACGAAGACAUCACAGAAGAAAGCGUUUCACUCUUCCACAUGGUUGAACCCAGAAUAGAGAUUCUCGUGCUGGGCACCGGAACGAAGCUUGAGCGAAUCAGCCCUGCAGUCCUCGCUCUUCUGAAGCGUAAAAGCAUUGCUGUGGAGGUGCAGGACACGCCAAAUGCAUGCGCGACCUUCAACUUCCUGAUGAGUGAGCGGAGAGUGGUGGCUGCUGGGCUGAUCCCUCCGGUCUACAACAAAGCUCUGCAAGUGACAGAGGAAUGACGUGCUGAUGAAGAGAUGGAGGACUGACUGUAGAGUCUCAGUGAAGACUGAGAUGUUUUCUGUUCAACACAAACUCCCAAAGGAAAAAAAACUCAGAUCCCCUGUUGAUAUUUAGUUUCGUCAGUUAUUUAUUUUUUAUUGAUGAAGCAUUUGAUGCUAUCCGGUUACCUCAGGCACUCAGAGUGAACUUGAGCUCGAUUUAUUUUUCUCACAUGUGAGAACUAAAGUGAAUAGCUCUGCUGUGGGUUUCUCCGAAGCCUAGAAAUAUUCACCUGUGUCCGUUUAUGUUCAACUGAACCAGUGCUCCAUUGAGGACAGUAGUAUGAAAUCUGGAUUUCUGUUAAAUAAAUGUAAGUAUUCCUUGUAAUAUAUAUUAUAAAUGCUUUAUGCGCUGCAAAUUAUAACUAACAUGUAACAUAUUUAUUGUCUUCGUUCUGUAAAUGUGCACCACGUUGUAUGAUUUGUUAUAUAGGUCAGUGUGCUGCAGCCGACUACCUGAGGUGGUGUUAGUGGAGACUGUCCUUCAUUCAGAUAAUCCUCUUUACUCUGCGGUCUGUCCGUCCUCUGGCUGCGCUGCUGCUGCUGACAGGCUGCCGGUGCAGCAUAUGACAUAAUUCAGCAGCUUUGUCCUUCUCACACAUAAGCCUCGCACAGAAUCCUCUACACGUCGCCGUGAUUCAUUUCUAAUCGUCUGCUUCGCUGCGACGUGCUCAUUGUCGGGAUGAACACUGAAAUCUGUGUCAAACGGUUUAGUUUUACCGUUUAGCUGCGGUGUUUUGGUGCUUAUGAGUGAAACUGAGAAUCAUGUUUGUUUGGAAAGCUUAUAGAUCCAUCCAUCCAUCUAUUCUGUAUACUCCUUAAUCCUAUGCUGAGGCGCUGGAGCCAAUCCCAGUUCACCAUGGGGGAGGGCCUGAACUGAUCGCCAGGACAGACACACUCACUCACUCACGUUCACAACUAAGAGCAGUUCAGGAUCAGACAUGUUGAAAUGAAUGAAUGUACCGAAAAUAGCUGAUGAAAAAAUUCAGAAAGAAGUUUGCCUCUGCAGUGUGGAAGGAAAAGACAAACUACACACUGAAAACAAGAGAUGCAUUGAUCUUUUCAGUGCUGUGUCACUAUUAUGUUGACUCUUUGCUAAAUGGUGGAGACAGAAGGAAGUGAUAUGAGUUUACAGAAGAAAGCAGUUUUCAGAGUUACACUCAACACGUUUCACAUCCCAAAGAAAUUAUAACUCACAUCUUAAAUAAGAAAAAAGCAACUGAACAUUUUAAAAACAGAGUUCACUCUACACGCUACACAGGAGACACAGUUUUCCAGUUUUGUCAUGGUCUUCUUGGUUU